AUGAGCACUACAAGGAAUAAUAAAAAUGACAUAACAAUUAAAAAGCAUAUUAAACAAUCAGCUUUUACAAUACCCACUACUAUUUCAAAGAGAAGUUUAGCUACAAAUUCUGUAAUUUGUAGACAAACAAGUGAAAAUAAAGUAAGAUCUAUUACUACUAUACCAAUGGAACAUUCAAAAAAUACUCAAAAACAGCUUAAAUUAAAUAUCACUCCAACCAGUAAUAACCAAUCAAAUAAAAUAUCAAAUAAGGUUUCAAGUAAAAUAUCAAAUAAAGUUCCUACUGAAAUUCUCGUUCAGCAAGCAAUUAAACAUGCUACAGAACAGGUUGCUCAACAUAUAUCUAAGAAAACCCAACAAAUAGCUCUUAAAGGUAAUGAACAAAUACAAAGUCAAUUAGUUCAGCAACUUCCGAAAAUCCAACAUAAUGUUAAUGCUAGUUCAGUAAUAUCAGAUAAUAAUCAAAUAUAUAAUUCAGCUACUCAACAAAUUACUAAUUUACAUUCACCAAAUGUUGAUAAUAAAUCUGAUAUUAAUCAAAAAAAAUUUCAAAAUAAGACUUUAAAAACAGAUAAGAUAGAUAGUGUGAAUAAUAGUGAACAUGUAGCUUGUAUUGAGAAGCACUUUUUUAAUAAGAGUAAUUUCGAUGUAACAUUAUUUAGAUUAAAACUUCAGAAUUUAUUAAUGCUAUUGCAAUUACAUCAUAAUAGAUUGCAACAGCAAUAUUUACAGAAUUUUAAAAGUACAGAAGGAUAA